CCUGAUCCAUCCUGGAUUUAGGGAAUGAACAGGCUCAGUGACUCGUGAUCCAUCCUGGAUUUAGGGAAUGAACAGGCUUGGUGACUCAUAAUCCAUCCUGGAUUUAGGGAAUGAGCAGGUUCAACUUCAGGCACGGAGGGUGAUGGUUGAGAUCCCACCUAGGGAGAUCCCAGGGAUGAUUCCUGAUCCCAAUUUUCUAGGCUGGGCUUUGGGGUGCAGCGGAGCCCAACGGGAAUCAGAGCAUGGUUGAAACUGGGAAAUGUCAAUUUUUUGGCAGCCAGGAGCAAACCCAAGGAGCAAACAAGGAGCAAACGAGCUGGAAAAGUGGCAGGGAGAGCUGGCCAGGCUCCGGCCAACCCUGCUCCCUUCCCGUGCCCGCUGGGCUCCUGGGAUAACGCCAGAAAUCCCGGGGCUGCUCUGGCAUCGUCCCCGUGACCGUCACGUGCCCGGGAGGAUGAGGGGGUAGCGAUCCUGGCUGGAUGGGCCAGGAGCCACCACCUCCUCCCGGGGCUGGCAUCGCCGGGAGCCCGGCCCCGGGGCUCUCCAGCCCCUGUGCUGACCCUUCUCCGUGUUUCUGGUGGAUUUGCAGACAGCAGCCGGCUGCUGGGGGCCCGGCGCCCGGGCUACGGGACACUGCAGCCGGACACAGACCCGGCCCACAUGGAGGUGACGGGCUACCAGCGCAGGGCGUGGCGGGUGCUGCUGUGCCACGCGGGCUCCGUGCUGAGCGCGGGGCUGCUCCUGCUGCUCUUCCACUGGAAGCCCAGCCUGGAGGUGCAGGCCAAGUGCCAGCCCUGUGCCCUGGGCCAGGCCGACUGGCUCAUCAUCAGGGACCGUUUUGGACAGUGCUUCACCACCAAGGUGCUGACGGAGCCGCUGGGCGAGGCCAGCAGCCUGGAGCAGCACCCCGGGGCCCAGGCGGAGCGCAGGAGCAGCGUGGCCGUGGCGGUGCCGGACGAGGAGGAGAGCCGUGACACCGUGCGGCUGCACGACAAGGACGAGCAGAAGAACCUCCUGAGGUAUUACCUGUUCCAGGGAAUGCGCUACGUGUGGCUGGAGCGGCGGCAGGCCUUCUGCAGAGUCAGCGUCCUGGACGAGGGCUGGACCUGCGCAGAGCUGCACCUGUGCCGGGCCGGGCUGGACCAGCAGGAGCACGGCGCCAGGAGGAAGAUCUAUGGCCCCAACCUCAUCGAGGUGCCCGUCAAGUCCUACGCCAGGCUCCUGGUGGAGGAGGUGCUCAACCCCUUCUACCUGUUCCAAGUGCUCAGCAUGGUGCUGUGGGUGUGCGAUGCCUAUUACUACUACGCCGCCUGCAUCUUCCUCAUCUCCACCUUCUCGCUGGGGCUGUCGCUCUACGAGACGCGCAGGCAAAGCACCACGCUGCGGAAUAUGGCCAGGAUGUCCAUGGGGGUCCAGGUCCGCCGGCCUGGAGGAGAGGAGCUGGUGGUCAGCUCAGCAGAGCUGGUGCCUGGGGACUGCAUCCGGCUGCCGGCGGCCGGGGCGCUGCUGCCGUGCGAUGCUGCGCUGCUGACCGGCGAGUGCAUGGUCAACGAGAGCCUGCUGACCGGGGAGAGCGUGCCGGUGAUGAAGACGCCGCUGCCGGCGGGCGGAGCCAUGUACUGCCCCGAGGAGCACCGGCGGCACACGCUGUUCUGCGGGACACAGGUCAUCCAGGCCAAGGCCUACGUGGGCGGGGAGGUGCUGGCCGUGGUCACCCGCACAGGGUUCUGCACGGCCAAGGGGGACCUCAUCAGCUCCAUCCUCUACCCCAAACCCGUGAGCUUCAAGUUCUACAAGGACGCCGUGAAGUUUGUGCUGUUCCUCGCCAUCCUGGCUCUCAUCGGCACCUUGUACAGCAUCCUCAUCCUGGUUAGGAACCAGGUCCCCGUGGGACAAAUCAUCAUCCGUGCCCUGGACCUGGUCACCGUCAUCGUGCCGCCAGCGCUGCCGGCCGCCAUGACCGUGGGCACCAUCUAUGCCCAGAACCGGCUGAAAAAACAGGGAAUCUUCUGCAUCAGCCCCCCGCGGAUCAACCUGUGCGGGAAGAUCCGCCUGGUGUGCUUUGACAAGACCGGGACGCUGACCCAGGAGGGGCUGGACGUGUGGGGCGUGGUGCCCCUGGAGCAGCAGCGCUUCCUGCCCAUCGUGCACGAGCCCCGCUGCCUGCCCGCCGGCGCCCUGCUCUAUGCCCUGGCCACCUGCCACGCGGUGUCACCGCUGCGGGGACAGCUCGUCGGGGACCCCGUGGACAUCAAAAUGCUGGAAUCCACCGGCUGGCGCCUGGAGAUGAUGGAGGAGGAGGAGGAAGGGGAGCUCCCAGCGUUCCAGCAGUUCGAGAUGAAGGUCUUGGCCAUGGUGAAACCUCCGCCAGAAGAGGAGCAGCCUUGGGAUAGGAGGCACCAGGCCCCCCUGGGGAUCCUGCGGCGUUUCCCGUUCUCGUCCUCCCUCCAGAGGAUGAGCGUCCUGGUCAAGCUCCCCGGGGAGGCCUCGGCCCACGCCUACGUCAAGGGCGCCCCGGAGAUGGUGGCCAGUCUGUGCAGGAGGGAAACUGUGCCCCCGGAUUUCUCCCAGGUGCUCCGGCACUACACCACCGACGGGUUCCGGGUCCUGGCUCUGGCCUGCAAAGCCCUGGGCACAGUGGCCACCUUCGAGGAGGCCCUGCAGCUCCCCAGGGACUCUGUGGAGAACAGCCUGAACUUCCUGGGGUUCCUGGUCAUGAAGAACGUCCUGAAGCCGGAGUCUGCCCCGGUGAUCCAGCUGCUGAGGAGCGCCAACAUCCGCCCCGUCAUGGUGACAGGGGACAACAUGCUGACAGCCAUGAACGUGGCACGGGGGUGCCGCAUGGUGGAGCCCAGGGAGGGCGUGAUCUUCGUCACGGCCUCGCCGCCCGGCCACAACAAACCCGCCGCCCUCAAGUUCGUCCUGGCCGAGCAUUCCCAGGGCGAGGAGCAGCCCGAGGGCCUGCAGCAGCAGGACGGCUCCUCCCUCCCACCCCAGCACUGCCACUUCGCCCUCAACGGGAAAUCCUUCCAGGUGGUCUGCGAGCACUUCUCCGAGCUGCUGCCCAGGAUCCUGCUCCGGGCCACCGUGUUUGCCCGGAUGCUGCCUGAGCAGAAGACCCAGCUGGUGUGCAGCCUGCAGGAGCUCAACUACUGCGUGGGGAUGUGCGGGGACGGUGCCAACGACUGCGGGGCGCUGCGGGCGGCCGACGUCGGCAUCUCCCUGUCCGAGGCCGAGGCGUCGGUGGCCUCGCCCUUCACCUCCCGCGUGGCCACCAUCGAGUGCGUGCCCAGGGUCAUCCGGGAGGGCCGGUGCUCCUUGGUCACCUCCUUCGGGGUCUUCAAGUACAUGGCCCUGUACAGCCUGGUCCAGUUCGUGUCCGUGCUCCUGCUCUACACCAUCAACACCAACCUGAGUGAUUUCCAGUUCCUGUUCUUCGACCUGGUGAUCACCACCACGGUGGCCGUGCUGAUGGGGCGCACGGGGCCGGCGCCGGCGCUGGGCGUGCGGCGGCCGCAGGGAGCCCUGAUCAGCGGGCUGGUGCUGGGCAGCCUCCUGCUGCAGACAGCCCUGCUCAUCACCGUGCAGGUCCUCAGCUACUUCAUCACCGUCUCACAGAGCUGGUACGUCCCCCUGAACAGCACGGUGACAGCGCCCCAGAACCUGCCCAACUACGAGAACACCGUCCUGUUCUGUGUCACCGGCUUCCAGUACCUCAUCCUGGCCGUGGCCAUGUCCAAGGGCUACCCCUUCCGGGAGCCGCUCUACACCAACGUGCUCUUCCUGCUCGUCCUCAUCCUGCUCUUCAGCCUGAUGAUCUGGCUGACCCUGUACCCGCUGGGCUUCCCCAAGUCCCUGCUGAAGCUCCAGUCCAUCGAGGAUUUCAGUUUCAAGCUGCUCCUCUUGGGCAUUGCCGCCCUCAAUUUCUUCACUGCCUUUGUGCUGGAGACCGCCUUGGAUCACGGCUUGCUCAGCUGCUUCCGAAAGCUGCGUCGGAAAAAAGCCUCCAAGAAGCUUUUCAAGAGGCUGGAGAAGGAGCUGAGCCAGCAGCAGCCGGCCUGGCCACCCCUGGACCAGCCCCUCUUUGCCACACCCAGGAUGUCCCUGGCCGUGAGAUAGCAGUGCCAGCCGUGCCUCUGCCCCAGCCCUCAGACACUUCCUUAAUUUAUUUAUCCCAGGAAAAGCAGGGAUGUGGUGGGUGGGAUCACUCAGAUUGCAGAUGGGAAUCCCAUGGCCACACUGAUCCUGUGGACACACUGAUCCCGUGGCCACAAUGAGCCCAUGCCCACACUGAUUCCCUGGCCAUAUUGAUCUCUGAUCCCACAGCCACGCUGAUCCCAUGGCCAUGGUGAUUCCCUGGCCAUGCUGAUCCCAUGGAUAUGCUGAUCCCACAGCCAUGGUGGUCACAUGGCCACACUGAUCCCAUGGCCACGCUGAUCCCACAGCCACACUGAUCUCGUGGCCAUGGUGAUUCCCUGGCCACGCUGAUCCCAUGGCCACACUGAUCCCGUGGCCAUGGUGAUCCCAUGGCCACACUGAUCCCAUGGCCACGCUGACCCCAUGGCCAUUCUUAUUCCAUGGCCACACUGAGCCCGUGGCCACGCUGAUCCCAUGGCCACGCUGAGCCCAUGGCCACAUUGAGCCCAUGGCCACGCUGAUCCCAUGGCCACGCUGAUCCCGUGGCUACACUGAUCCUGUGGCCGCAGCCCAGAGGAGCAGGAGGUGGAGGAGGAACGGGCGAGAAGAUCCAGAGGAGGAGGAUCCAGCAUGGCUCUUCCUGUAGGAUUCCCCCCACUCCCACACUGGCCACCAUGGCCAGUUGGGCCUCUCGUGGCCUGCCCAGGCCACCAGGAAGGGGGUCCCUGGUGUCCCCAGCACCCCCAGCUGUGUCACUGUGAAGCCCCAGUCCCCUCUAGAUGUGUAGGGAGUUUACAGUCCCCGUUCCCAGCUUGCCGAGGCUGCUGCUCCAUCCCCAGCGCCUGGGCCCCUUCUCCGCUUGGAAUGCUCGGGCAGAGCACCUCUGCUUGGGGAUGGGACCUCUGUAGCAUUACAGACCCCACAAAUUCUCUAUUUUUUAACUCUUCCCCGUCGGGAAGGCGAUGGCGCCGCUCGCGGGCUCCGGACGGGGCUGUCACGGGUCUUGUCCAAUAAAUUAACACUUAUUUUCUUG